AUGAUCUCAACAUGGAAUUUCAGGGGCAUUAAUAAAGAAGUACGGCAUCGAGAAGUUAGCUCCUACUUCUCUACUUUUAAGGUACCUAUCAUUGCCCUACUUGAGACUAGAGUUAAGAAAGAUAAUGUUAGCACAAUUAGAAGGAAAUUUGGUAAUUACUGGUCCUAUUUAGACAACUAUUCCCACCAUCAUAAUGGAAGGAUUUGGUUGAUGUGGAAGGACCAGGAAAUAAGAGUCAAUUUGUUACAGUGUGAAGAACAAUACCUUCAUGUUGAGGUUAAGAAUUUAGACAAUAAAGUCCCCUAUCUUGCCACCAUUAUGUAUGCCCUUAGCCAACCUGAUAGAAGGAAAUUACUGUGGAGUCAAAUAGACCAUUUGGGUAGUAACAUCACUCUCCCUUGGAUUGUGAUAGGCGAUUUUAAUAAUGUCCUUACUAGCCAAGAUAUGAUUGGAGGAAAUCGUGUACAUACCACUGAAUAUACUGACCUGGCUGAGAUGAUGCAUAAACAAGGUCUGUUUGAAGCACCAACUAGAGGCUGCUACUAUACUUGGUCAAAUAAGCAUACUGCUGAUCCCAUAUAUUCGCGUAUUGACAGACUUCUAGGUAAUUCCCAAUGGUUCCAGGAUUAUUCAGAUGUGAUUGUGGAAGUGCUCCCUCCUAGUAUCUCUGAUCACUCCCCAAUCAGAGUUAGCUACCUGGUGACUCCUCGUAGGAGGAAAAGCAUGUUUAAAUUUCUGAAUUGUGUUACCAAAAAGGAUGGAUAUCUUGACAUUGUCAAAGAUAGCUGGAAUCAAAGAACCCACGGUUAUGCCAUGCAGAGGCUUUGGUACAAAAUGAAACGACUGCAACAGCCACUGAAAACGCUUCAAAAGAGUUUCAAUCAUAUCCAAAUUCAGAUCCUCAAAGCUAGAACUGACCUCAUAGAUGCACAACACAAAUUUGGAAUUAACUUGUUCGAUGAAGAUGCUGUUGUGCAGGUGAAAAAUCUAACAGCUACAGUCUUGGAACUAUCUCAGUUGGAGGAGCAUAUAUUGAUGCAAAGGUCUAAGGUGGAAUGGCUGCGGCAAGGGGAUGGUAACAACAAGUUCUUCUAUUCCACCAUCAAAGAGAAGAAUAAACAGAAAGCUAUGCAUACCCUCACUUCAUCUACUGGAGAAAUCCUUAGUUCUAAGGAGGACAUCACUAAUGAAGUUUUAGAAUUUUAUACAUCUCUGGUGGGUACUGCCUCUGAAACUUUGGCUGGAAUUAACUUACCUUGUAUUUUGAAGGGCCCUGUUCCUUGGUUUAGAUGGAUUCAAUUCCUACUUCUUCAAGAGCUCUUGGCAUAUUGUGAAGCAUGA